AUGUGUGGCAUCUUUUGUCUGUUGAGUCUGCCGUCCUCUCAGUUUGAGUGGGACAAAACAGUUCGUGAACAUUUGAAGAGACGAGGGCCCAACCUGAGCCAGGAUCUCACAGUUAAAGGUCCCUGCUAUCAGUGUUUAUUCUCUGCCCACGUUCUCCACAUGAGAGGUCUUCUUACCCCUCAGCCAGUUCAAGACAACACCGGGAAUGUCCUGGAGUGGAACGGGGAGAUUUUUGGGGGUCUCCCUGUGAGGCCGGAGGAAAAUGACACUGCUGUCGUCUCUCAGCGGCUGUCGUCCUGCAACAGCCCUUCGGAGAUUCUGUCCGUCCUGUCCGCCAUACGGGGACCGUGGGGGUUUGUUUACUACCAGAAGGCUGGAGACUACCUCUGGUUUGGCAGAGACUUUUUUGGCAGGCGGAGUUUGUUGUGGAAAUUUGAUGCGGACGUCAACACCUUGACCCUGACUUCGGUGGCAGCCUACAGUUCUGGACCUGAGCAGUCUGCUUGGCAGGAGGUCCCAGCUGUCGGUGUGUACAGGAUUGACCUGAAGGCAGCCACGGGAGCCGGCUCUGUGACGUUUGAGGUUUAUCCUUGGGCUCACGGGGGAAAUGAUCUUUCGAGUCGCAGUGAAACUAUAUUGGAGUCUGCCCCCGGUGGAUGCACCGCUGUGAUGAACCAGUCGGGCCUCGUACUCCGUUCACCUGUGUGCCCCCUUAAUACAUCCAUCCCAGAGUCAUUAAAUGAGAAAGACAUUCCUCCAGACUCAUGUGUUAAGGAUCUGGAGCAGCUGCUCGCUGGCAAAGAGGAAACCGACGAGGUGAGCCGUCUUAUUGAUGUCCUCAGUGAGGCGGUGAGGAGACGGGUUCAGUCUCUACCUUUCAGGGUACAAGACAGUCCCCCUCCUGCUCAUGACCAGGCUGGUGUUGCUAUACUUUUUUCAGGAGGCAUCGAUUCAAUGAUCCUGGCUGCCUUAGCGGAUCGUCACAUACCUGCUCAUCAACCAGUAGAUCUUCUCAAUGUAGCUUUUAAACUACAGGAGCCAAAGAAGCAGAAGGAGUCUUCAAAGAAACCCAGAAAGCACAAAAACAAGCCCACAGAUCCCACGACUGAUGGAGCUGCCCCCCGAGCGUCCAGCCCCUUUGAUGUCCCUGACAGAAUUACUGGGAGAGCCGGUCUCAAGGAAUUACAAGACUUGAAUCCUGAAAGAAGAUGGAAUUUUGUUGAAAUCAACGUGACGCAGGAGGAGCUGCAGAAAAUGCGCGAGGAGCGAAUUUGUCAUCUGGUGCAUCCUCUGGAGACUGUGCUUGAUGACAGCAUUGGAUGUGCUGUGUGGUUCGCGGCAAGAGGGACGGGGUUCGUCACGGAGGACAGAGACCAGAGGCCCUUCACGUCGUCGGCAAAGGUGAUUCUGACGGGAAUCGGAGCAGACGAGCAGCUCGCCGGUUACUCCAGACACAGAGUGCGAUUUAAGAUGUCAGGAUACGAGGGACUGAUCCAGGAACUGGCCAUGGAGCUGGGCAGGAUCUCUUCCAGGAAUUUGGGCAGAGAUGACCGAGUGAUAGGGGACCAUGGGAAAGAGGCGAGAUUUCCCUACUUGGAUGAGGACGUGGUGAACUACUUGAAUUCUCUGCCGGUGUGGGAGAAGGCAGAUCUGUCGCUUCCUCGCGGCGUCGGGGAGAAACUCCUCCUGAGACUGGCGGCGAAGCAGCUGGGCCUCGGACAAUCAGCCGUCCUGCCCAAGAGAGCCAUGCAGUUCGGCUCCCGCAUCGCAAAGAUGGAGGACAGACGUGAAAAGGCCUCUGACAAAUGCACAAGACUCCUCACUGGGUAGACGACUCAUUGGGUGUAUAAUGUAUAAUUUUAAUAGAAAAGUUUCAAAAUAAAAUUACAUACAGUUCAUAUUUAAAGACAUAUUUACAUUUUAAAUUCUUGAUUUACUGUUAAAGAUUCUUGAAAUUGGCCAAGAUUUCACAUUUGAUUGUUUUUCUUCUGUCCUGGAUACUUUUUUAAUGUGGCACAAUAAAUGUGGUGUUUGUCUAAACCAUGUAA